UCGAUACGAAUCAUGGACGUCGUUAAUUAAUCAAAUGACGUGAUUCGUCAUUAAAAAUUUCAAUAUCAGUGUAUCAUUAAAGACAAAAUUUUCGAUUGGUUAUAAUUUCUAUUAAAUUUACAGUAUGGCACUUUUACCAGAAUAUUACAAGGGUUUGAUAGGUUUGGCAAAACGUGGACAAUCUCCGAUCGACUUGGACGACAAAAUAGUCCGUCCGAAACGAUAUCCACCUCUUAUGUUAAAUGGUCAUUGGAUGAACGACGGAGAAGCCAUUUUAGGAAACGAUGGGAACGUCGCGACCGUAAUUCUUGGUGGAAAUAGAAUACAAUCCACAGUUUCAGGCGGUCCGCUAUUAAACGACGUCUAUGAAUAUUUUAUUUGUAACUUUCGUUGGGGCGAGGAGAAUUGUAAUGGCUCGGAACACACUAUAAACGGCACUUGGUUUUCUAUGGAAGCUCAAAUGGUACAUUGGAAUCGAAAGUACCCUUCGCUCGAUGACUGUUUAAAACACAAAGAUGGCAUUUGCAUAUUAUCCUUUUUAUUUUUAGUCCCAUCGGGAGAGUGCGUCGAGGCUAAUCCACAAUUAGAUAAGAUUACUGAAAAUUUGAAAUACGUCGUAGACGCAGGAACGGAGACAAAUAUUCCUGCGAAUUCCUUAUGCUGGAUACGAUGGGCAGUUCGUUGCGAACGUUAUUACAGUUACCAAGGAUCGUACAACGAAGGUUCAUGCGGUAUUCUUGGGUAUCCCGAAUGCGCUACUUGGAUUAUUUUUCCAUUGAUGAUUACGAUAAGUCCUUCCCAAAUCGAUGCUUUUCGAAUGCUGAAGGAUGAAAAAGGUGAUCCUAUAAAAAAUAACUGCAGGAAAAUUCAAUUGUUGCGCGGAAGAAGAAUAUUCUUGGGUAUAUCUUAAUCUUUGAAGCAAGGUACUCAAUCGAAC